CUCUCCCACCAUUCCGACCCCUACGCCUCUGUAUUCGUUGCAUUCGCGCACCCCCUUCUUCCCCGCGUUCCUCCACCGUCGCCCCUCCCUCGCUCCGCCGCUCUGCUCCCCACGCCGGUCCCUCAGUCGCGCCCCUCCCUCCGCCGCCGCGCCGAAGCCACCGCGCCCCUCCCUCCGCCAUCGCCACCGCGCCGCCGCUUUGCUCCCCACGCCGGUUCCUCCUCCGCCGUUCUGCUCGCAACUCCUCGCGGCCGCGGCCCGCUCCUCCUUCCUCGCCGGCCGCGGCCCCCUCCUCCUCCUUCCGCCGCCGAAUUUCAUCUUUCGCUCGGAGUGGUCCCUUCGUCACCGUUCUCCUCCUUUCCACUGGCACUGGACUGGGGCGGAGCGGAGAUCCGCUCAUCUGGACUUGGACUGGUUCCCUUCUUGUUUUCAUUAGGUGGUUCAGUCUUGGGCUUGGGUGCCCCAUGUCGCAAGUCGAGCCCGCCGCCGCCGGCGCGGACCAGGCCGUCGAGGGGGCAGUCGUGCCGCACGACGAAGGUGUCGGCGGCGGCGGCGGUGGCGACGUGGCCACCACGGAAGUGCAAGUGGCUGUGGUCGUUUCCACCUCCGGCGACGAGAGGCGGGUGGAGUACGGCGACGAUGCAGAUAACGAGGGGGAGGAGGCUGCGACGGUGCAGGGAAGCAAAGAAGGCACGGAGGAGCUGCUCCGGAAGGUAGUGUACAGUGAAGAGGCCGCCUACAAGCUCUAUUGCGACUAUGGCCACCGGAUGGGGUUCAGCAUCCGGAAAGGGAAGCAGUCCUACUUCACUGGCACCAAGCGGAUACGGACCAAGGACUACUUCUGCUCCAAGGAGGGGCUCAAGGAAGGGGAGAAGCUUACCGAUGCAAAUUUCAAUGACCCGCACACCAGGACCAACUGCAGGGCCAUGGUGCGGUUCAGGGUGAAUGAUCAUGGGGAGUGGAAGGUUAUCCGGUUGGUCUCUGAUCAUAACCACAACCUGGCAAGGCCAGAGGAACGGCACCUUUUGCGGUCUGCAAGGUCACUUAUAGCGGGGCGGUCGAGUUCUGUUGAGGCGAUGGUAUACGCCGGGUAUCAGGUACAAGGUGGUGCUCCACAAUUGCCUGCAGGUAGUACUAGUGCAGCCAACAUUGUGGAGAAUUCAAAGCAGCAUUUGCUUCUCAGCUACAGCGCUAUGGCGAAUACUCUGGCCGUAGGGACUGGAGACCUGCACAGCCUUGUGAGCUACCUCAAAAGCAGAGCAAAUGAAGAUGGCAUGUUCUACUGGGAUGUUCAAUUGGACCAAAGUGGUCGGAUGACUAAUUUCUUUUGGCGUGAUGGGAGAAGCAGGAUCGACUAUGACUGUUUCAGUGAUGUGGUUGUGUUCGAUUCAACUUACCGCUUGAGCAAACAGAAUUUGAUAUGCGCACCUUUUGUUGGUGUGAACCACCAUUGGCAGACCACUAUGUAUGGCUGUGCCCUCUUAGCUGAUGAGUCAAUGUCAGCUUUUGUGUGGCUGUUCAAAUCUUUCUUGGAGUCCAUGGGUAACCGACAUCCUCAAUCUAUUUUCACCAAUCUUGAUCAAGUUGUGUCAAAAGCAAUUGAGAAUGUUUUUCCAAAUACAUGCCAUCGCAUUGCUCAUUGGCACAUCCAAAAGAAUGCCCAUUCACGUCUUGGUGCACUUAACGUUUCAAAAGUGUUCAAUAAGAUGUUCACCAAAUGCAUACAGGGAUGUGACUCAGAAACAGAGUUUGAGGAAACAUGGGCCCAAAUGAUCCAUGAAUUUAAGCUGCAGGAUAAUAAGUGGCUUAAGAAAUUGUAUAAGCUCAAGCAGAAGUGGUGUAGUGCUCUUAACAAGUGCACCUUUGAUGGUGGGGUUGAGUAUGAACCACAAUGUGAUAGUUUGAGUAACAUAUUCAAUAGUGUUGCUGAUAAAUUGACAUCUCUUUCUGCAAUUGCUGUUGCUGUGGAUAAAUUAUCUGAAGAUUGGAGGGAAAAAGAAUUGGAGGAGGAUACACGAUGUUUGCAAAAGCCACCUUCUUGUAUCAUAAAACACAGUGACAUUUUGAAUCACGCGGCAAAAGUUUAUACACAUAGAAUCUACAAGCUGUUUGAGACAGAUUUUCUCGAUGGGUGUGGUGCCACAAAAUUCAAGGAGCUUCCAUGUGAAGAUAAUAACACACAUCAAUUUGAGAUGACCAUGCAAGGGCGAGGAUCAAGAGUCUGCACGGUACAUCUCAAUAUGUCUACAAUGGAAUUAAGUUGCAGCUGCAGUAAAUUUGAGACAAUGGGUUUACUUUGUCCGCAUGCUCUGAAAGCUCUUAGUAUCAAGAAUAUAUGCAAAAUUCCAGAAAGCUAUAUACUGAAGCGGUGGACCAAGGAUGCGAAGAAAUGGGUUUUUAACCCAAAACAAUAUGAAUCAUCAUAUCAGGAAUGCAUGGAUGAUGAUGCUGCAUACUGCAACUAUGUUAUGCAUUAUGCUUAUGACCUUGUGACAAAGAGCCAAGGGCAGGAGGAAUUGAGGAAAGCCCUGUGGGAGACUCUUGAGAAUGGUGAGAAAGAAUUGGAGAAAUACCUAGGAAAUGGUACACAAUAUGCACCUUCUUAUGCUGCUUGAAGUAUCACUAAUUAACCUUCUGGACUUAUCUGCUAAGGAUGAGCAAGCUACUUCCUAGUUCUUUGGAACUUGGAAAUUCAUGCAGAACUUCUGACUCAAACUGUACUCUUAAGAAAUGAAAAUAAAAGUUUUUCAAACAAGAUACAGUAUCGAGUAAGUUUCAUGCUUUCAACUUUGCUAGUUAAUUCUUGUUGUGAUUCCAUGCACUUUAACUGAUAUUCCAAUCUUUGGUACCACAUGACAGUGCCCAUGAAGCAAUGCUAUCUGUUAAACUGUUACAGUAUGAUGAAAACACACUAGUACGUAUGGGUAUUUAAUGAUGCUGAUGUGUCUUGGUUAAUAGAUUAGUUUAGAUCCUAAAAGGAUUUUCCAUUUUGUGACAAGGAAAAAUAUGAGUUCAGUAUAGGUUGUUGUAGUUUUGAUAUAUCUCAAUUCUACAUUUCCAUAAGCCACAUUUUGGCUCUUACUCUCUCAGAAGUAGGAAACGACUGUCCCUUUUUGGCAAAGUUGCCUGGUGAAUUCGGUCAUUUAUUAGUUUGUUUUAUAUAUGGCCCUUAAUGCACCUGCCUUUUUACUUGUACAAAAAAUGUUAUUACCUCCGGUCAGGAAUACAUGAUGUUCCCGACCAGAGGAUUGACCUGCCGAUAGUGCUUUUUCUAUGGUCGGAACGUCAUGUUUUUGCAGCCGGAUAGAGUUUAUUGAAGUGAUGUAAGUUUCACUCUUCCAUGAGUUAUGACAUGAAUUGCAACAACUUGUGGCAAAGAAUAACUGGUUCCUGUAGCUUCAAAUGCACAUCAUAGAUACUCCUGAAAGCAGAAAAGAUUCCAAAAUUCCAGACAAAAAGAAAAUCUGCAGAUUCCACAUUCCUCCAUAAACAUGUGCCUUGUCGCUUACAAUUCUGUCCUGUCAAUUGGUAAGAAACAAAUGCACUUCUACUUUUUCUUUACUUUUAGUGUUACAAGUUAUGCUCAAAUAUUCUGUGUAACUCCUACGGCGAUGCCACUAUGUCUGCUCUCAUCAUGGUGGGUUAUGUCAUUGAGCUCUCCUUCUGCCCAUAUAGCAUAUGCCUCCUCGCCAUGUACAGCAUCAUCCCCGAUAAGUAGCUGUUCAUCAGAAAUUCGGAGGGGCAGGACUAGGCUAACAAGGACACAGAUUAUGGAAGUGAUAAUGAUGUUCCAGGCAAUGAUGAAGAGUGCGCCAGCAAUCUGCCUCCCAAACUGCGAUGCACCAUCACCACCAUAAAAUGCACCUCUUGAGUCUGGGAUGGAGAGGAAGAGGUUGCAGAGGACUGGUUCAGCAAAAAGUCCAGUGGUGGUGCCACCGAGGAACCCAGCGACUGCGUGAGUAUGGAAGACGCCAAGAGUGUCAUCAAUCUUCUGCAUAAAGGACCACUUCUUGUGCAGCACCAUCAUGGUGUACCAGGGAAUGCUACCUGAGAGAAUUCCCAUCACAAUAGCUGCCCACCCUUGCACCAGACCUGUUGAAUGAAUGAUCUAGUGAAUCUUUGUUACUUAACCAAUCAAAAUGGAUAAUGGAGACUGUUUGGUGCACAUGUUUGUUACUUGAGGCUGUUUAGCUACAUUGUUAACUUGUACUGUGAAAUUCUUGA